AUGGCCGCUUGCACCGCCGCCGGCAGAUCCAUUUUUCGCUCCUCCGCUCACAAUUCGGCUACCCGUGUUGCCUCCAAAAUCAAGGUCGCUCCAAAAUCCUCUCCAGCUUCCUCCUUUAGUGCUUCCGCCAACAAGCCUCUCUCUCGACCUGCCUUCAGCUAG